GUUGUCAUGCGGUAUUUAUAAUUCGCUUGCUUAAACCCGUCCCUCUAUGAGACGGGCAUCUCGAAGCACACGAUAGCGACGUGGGGAGAUCUACAACUCGAAGCAACCGAAAUUAGGGUUUUCGAGAAUAGUUAACAGAUUGUGUUAUAUAUUGUCUGGUACUUCUACGUUGGAGAAUUUUACUCCGGAGCCAUGAGCAAGCAACCAUUGAUAUAUAGUUUUGUGGCAAAAGGCACUGUUGUGCUUGCCGAGCACACUUCGUUUUCUGGGAAUUUUAGUACUAUUGCCGUUCAGUGCUUACAGAAGCUGCCACCAAAUAGCAACAAGUUCACUUUUUCAUGCGACGGGCAUACAUUCAACUUCCUUGUCGAUAAAGGGUUUGUUUUCCUUGUUGUAGCUGAUGAAUCAAUUGGGAGGAGUAUACCAUUUGUCUUUCUAGAGCGAGUUAAGGAUGAUUUCGUGCAGCGGUAUGGAUCGAGCAUUGAUGAUGGAGGCUCUCAUCCACUUGCUGAUGAUGAGGAUGAUGAUCUAUUCGAAGAUAAGUUCAGUAUUGCUUACAAUCUUGAUCGGGAGUUUGGACCAAGGCUGAAGGAGCAUAUGCAGUAUUGCAUAAACCAUCCAGAAGAAAUGAGCAAGCUGUCCAAGUUGAAAGCUCAGAUAACCGAGGUUAAAGGAAUAAUGAUGGACAAUAUUGAAAAGGUUCUUGAUCGGGGAGAGAAGAUUGAACUUUUGGUGGACAGGACUGAAAGCUUGCAAUUUCAGGCUGACAGCUUUCAGAGACAGGGCAGGCAACUCCGAAGGAAGAUGUGGCUUCAGAACCUCCAAUUCAAGCUGAUGAUAGCUGGUGCUAUAAUCGCACUCAUACUCAUCGUCUGGUUGAUGGCCUGCAGAGGGUUCAAGUGUUGAUGGGAGAAGAUUAUUUUCAUGUUUCUAUUUCCUUUCCCCUUCUUUUUCUGUAUAAUGGCUGGCGUCCUGUGCAUAUGAUGGUUGUCAACUUCUGUUAAUAUUUUAAUGACCCACACUAAGCUCAGUUAGUAUAUUGGAAUAUCUUGGUUUCUUGCAUUUUGCUGCACUGAUAACGAUAUUGAUGUUAAAAAUUUUCAUGAUGAUUGUCAUGGGAGCAGCCUGAUGUACUAAUGUUAUUUUGAAAUCUAGAUCAGCCGAUUAUUAUGUAUUA